AUGCCCCACAUCAACAGUACCGAGCUGCAGUCUCUCCUGCUCUCCGUCCUGCAGCACUGCCUCAACAGCACAAGCUUUCCGUCUCCUGCAGGGCCUGCUGAGAACUUCACUACCCAGCAGGCUGUGCAGCAUGUGACCGCAGGCAGGGCCCACACUGAGUCUCAGGGAAUCAUGUACAUCCUGCUGGUGGUGGGCAUGUUCAGCUUCUUCACGUUCGGUGUCAUGCUCAGCUACAUCCGCUCCAAGAAGCUGGAGAGCUCUCACGACCCGUACCAUCAGUACAUCGCCAACGACUGGAGCGCGGCGACGACACCAUCCAGGGCCGUCGCUCAGGCUCUGCGCAGGGUGGCCACGGGUGAUGGAGCGGGCAGCAAGGAACCUGUCGUCAUCUGCAAUCCUGCGAUGCAGGAGCAGCCGACGGACUAA